AGCCCGAAAGUUCUGAGUGCCAUAGACGACUUUUGCGACCGAAGGAGGAUGCCUCUUGAAACAGAGAUGGAAAGUGCGACAGCUCAGAAGUUCUCUCAGCUGAGCUUCGACCCCGAGAAAUAUGUGUCCAGUAUCGUUCAACGAGCAGGGACUGUCGAGAAGAUCCUUCAAGAAAAACAAGAUGUCCUGAAUUUACAAGAACAGACGAGUUACCAGCUGAAGAAAAAUGUUUAUGACAAUUACAAGCAGUUCAUCGACACUGCCAGAGAGAUCUCAUAUGUCGCGAGCGAAAUGCAUCAGCUCCGCGAGAUGCUACACAAGCAAGAGCAGCUCCUGCAUGGAAUGACUGGACUUUCCAUCGUACAGCACAAGAAUUCCAACAAACUGCUGGAAUUACCCGAGGAGCUCGAGUGCGACCCAGGGAUAGAUACACUCGAUGGCUGCUACGGAGAGGAUGAUUUGUUAAAGCGUAAAGAGAACAUCUCAUUUCUGUUGGAGCGGGUUGAAGGCUGCGCUCGACUGCUCGACGGAAGCGAGAAGAACGUCUUGAAAACCGGCGAGGCCACGCUCGUGGAACGCGACGAGAUUUCGAAAAUCCAGCUGUGUCUGCUGACUGACUCCCUCCUGAUCGCGGACUGUUUGCCAGUGAAACGAGGCACGAUACAAUAUCGACUUCGCUGGGUUUUCGAGUUGGACUCGCUGGCGGCAGUGGACGGGAACUCAUCGUCCCAGAUGAAGAUGCUCGUCUUUCCUCAGACCAUUCUCCUACAAAUGGAGUCUUUGCAGGAGAAACUGGUCUGGAUGGAAGCGAUUCGCAAGGCGAAAACCGUAAAACUGACCCGUCAGGCGGUCAUCAACGCUCGUAUAAAUUAUCCGUCUCUCGCGUUAGCCUUGGAUCAAACCGAUUCUGUCGAGGAAGACGCACUCAUUCCUGAGUGGCUGAUCGAACUCCCUGAUGAACUCGACGUAUGCAUCGCCGAGAGGAAUUUCGAGCAGGCUGUCGAAUUGUUGCAAAAAGUCAAGGAAUAUUGGCCCUCCCAAGAAGGUUACUCCUGUAGUACCGCGAGGGACGUCAGGCUGAGGAUAAGCAAUCGUCAAGAACAGCUGAUCAAGGUUCUUUGUAGCGAAUUGAGUGUCGGCGUCUCGCUGCAUGGCGGGCCUCGAGCCGCCAAACGCGCAGUGAAGUUGUUGAUAGAACUCGGCCAGACCGCAUCGGCGAGUCGAUUAUUUCUCGCACAUAGAGCCGUUCUGCUCCGGACAGCGACGAAAAACCAGAGCCAGCAUAGCGAGGGUGCCGUAAACGCUUUUGUGAAACGCGUCUGCGGUGCCUUCUUCAAUCAUGUUGCCGAAACUGGACGCCAAUACCAGAGAGCCUUCAUAUCCCACAGUCCUGCCAUUGCCUCCGCGCUCGUGAGCUGGUGUUGCGCACAGCUAGAUUGGUUCGUGCAUCUGCUAUCGAGACAACUGUUUUCGGCUCAGACAUCGCUGGCCACGGUCGCGGAGGCCGUGCAGACCUGUAUAGCAUCGUGUGGUCAACUCCAAGAUAUCGGUCUAGACCUGGGUUUCGUCAUCCUGCGAAACUUAAGGAAAGAACUCGGGAGGAGCAUCUCGGAUGGACGAGACAAACUCCUCGAAGCCAUACGGCAUCGGUCAACUGAAGACACUUGGAAGCCACAGAAGGUUGAAAGCAAAUGGCUACAGUCACUCGAGAGACAUGGAUUGGAUCUGAGUGCCUAUAUUUACGACGAGAACAUGACUUACCUCACUUCGAACACCGUGGCCUUCACGAAGUCUCUCCUCCAUUUCGUGAGCGAUUUGAUGGCUCUCUACACACCGCCGUUGCAUCGACUCAUGGUCGAUAGCGUUUGUGAAGCCGUCAGAGCUCAUCGUCGUCACAUCGCCGCUGCUUUUUCAGCGACCAAAUUGAAGUCGGACCAAAAGUUCAUCCAACGUAACGAGAGCUUCCUCCUGAACAACGUUGCGAAAGCGAUCGAAAAGAGAUGUUCCAGUUCACCGCAAGGAGUUCUGCUAUGGCCUGAGAUUCAGUCAGCCUUCGAGGGCAACGCACAUGGAUUCUAAUGUUUCGAAGUGAAAGCUUUAUCGAGCCGAAAUCCCUCCAAGACCAUCAUAUGGCAAAUUUAUGACAACGGUUUAAUGUUCAGAGUUAAUAUACUUGCGGAUGCAAUUGCGAAGACAAAUACAAUAAAUAU